UAAGUCAGUUUAGUUGCUAGACGCAUUAUGAAACGACGCUAACUUGUCCACUUAGGUACUUACUUUUUUUUUCGAAUUGUAAGAAAUAUGAUAACUUGUAUCAACUACAAACGUGCACAAUAAGGAUUUUAAAUUCAUUUCGUGUGAGCUUUGAGUUAAUUCGGUGACUGAAAAUCCACAACGUGUUGUCAAGUUUAAAUGUCCAUCAGUGUGUUGUUGGUGUCGUGGUGUCGGUGUUGUGGUGCUGAAUUUGUUGUACAACCAUGGAUAACAUAGCUAACAAUAAUUUAGUUUCGAAUUUACCUGAGGAACGCGGCUGGGAGUACAAACAAAUAUGCGUAACCCGGGUUCCGGGCUAUGGAUUUGGCAUUGCCGUUUCCGGCGGCAGAGACAAUCCGCAUUUCGCCUCCGGUGACCCCAGCAUCGCCGUCAGUGAUGUCCUGGCGUCUGGUCCAGCUGAAAGAAUUUUGCAGGUCAACGACAGGAUUAUUUCCGUGAAUGGAAUCUCCCUUCAGAAUGUUGAUUACGCCACGGCUGUUCAAGUGCUGAGGGAUUCUGGAGAUACAGUGACCUUAGUGAUUAAGAGGAGGACGACUCACCAUCAACAUAGUCAUAGUCUCAGUGCGUCCUACACUGGAGCACCGCUUGCAGCCUUAGGAGUUAACCCCUUGGCAACAAAGGUCACUCUUACCAAAAAUUCAAAGAAAGAAGAUUUCGGCAUAGUCCUCGGCUGCAAGCUCUUUGUCAAAGAGAUCUCUUCAAAAGCCCGUGAUCAAUUACUCAACACUAAUCAAGUCCUCGUCGAAGGCGACUUUAUCACGAAAAUCAACAACACAAACUGUAACGACUUAAUGUCACUUAAAGAGGCUAAGAAAAUCAUCGACGGUACAAAAGAUAAACUAACAAUUACAAUAGCACGUGACUACACAUCGAAUAUUUCUCAUCAAACACAAAGUUCUAUAAGCACGACAGGCGCUGUUAACAAUUUUUACAAAGGUGAUGACUUUUUAACAUCUCAGAGUUACUCGAAUCAGAAUUUGUACGUACAACCACCGACUAGAAAUCCCAAUCUCAAUACAAGUGGAGGAUUUGAUGAGAAACUUGACCCUAAUAGUGGGCCAAAUUCGUUGGUUGAUGAUAAGAGCAAUUUGGCACCCAGAGGAAGGUCAAGGGGGCCCUUAUCUGAGGCUAAUUUGAACCAGUUGGAUAAUAGGAAUAGUUUAGGGGGGUAUGGCAGAUCGAAGGGGAGAGACGAACCGCCUAGACCUCCACCUCCACGAGCAGAAGAUUAUUACAGUUCUCGGCGACAAAUCUAUGACGAUGACCCGAUUAUCCAGAAAAAGCAACCGAUACCCGAUGCUCGGUUCGUGACAUUCCACAAAGAGGGGUCAGUGGGAAUUCGUUUGACUGGAGGCAAUUUUGUGGGCAUUUUCGUAACGGCAGUCCAGCCAGGUAGUCCAGCGUCGCUCCAAGGUUUGCAACCUGGUGAUAAAAUCCUAAAAGUCAAUGAUAUGGACAUGACUGGUGUGACAAGAGAAGAAGCUGUUCUUUUUCUGUUAAGUCUCCAAGAUCGCAUCGAGCUAAUCGUUCAAUAUUGUAAAGAAGAAUACGACAAUAUCGUAGCCUCCCAAAAGGGAGACAGUUUCUAUAUCAAAACCCACUUCCAUUACGAUAAUCCAGCAAAAGGUGAGAUGUCUUUCCGUUCUGGAGACAUCUUCCACGUCAUUGAUACGCUGUAUAACGGAGUCGUGGGGUCAUGGCAAGUAUACAGAAUUGGCCGUAACAAUCAAGAAGUGCAAAAAGGAAUCAUUCCGAAUAAAGCAAGAGCUGAAGAAUUGGCAACAGCGCAAUUUAACGCCACGAAAAAAGAAAUGUCAGCAAACGAAUCAAGAGGGAGUUUCUUCAGGAGACGAAGAAGCUCAAACAGACGUUCGAAAAGUCUGGGAAAAGAGCAUUGGGAUGAUAUUUUAUUUUCCGACACUGUUUCGAAAUUCCCGGCUUACGAACGAGUUUUACUUAAACAUCCUGGUUUUACAAGACCUGUUAUUCUUUUCGGCCCGAUUGCUGACGUUGCAAGAGAGAAGCUUCUCAAAGAUUUCCCAGAUAAAUUCAUAUCGCCUCAACUUGAUACAACAAAUGAGGAGAAUUCCAAAUCGCAAAAAACUUCUUCAAACAUUAUAAGAUUAUCAGCAAUUCGUGAUGUGAUUUCAACCGGCAAGCAUGCCCUUUUGGACAUAACUCCAAACGCGGUUGAAAGGUUGAAUUAUGCCCAAAUUUACCCAAUUGUAGUUUUUUUCAAAGCUGAGAGCAAGAUUGUGAUCAAGCAGUUACGUCAAGGCUUGCCUAAGUCGGCCCAUAAAAGCUCAAAAAAGUUGCUAGAACAAUGCCAAAAAUUGGACAAAGUCUGGAGCCACAUUUUCAGUGCUACUAUAACAAUGAAUGACAAUACAGACAACUGGUACCGUAAAGUCCGCGACAUUAUCGAUAAGCAACAAAGUGGUGCCCUCUGGAUGAGCGAAAGCAAGUGGGGGGCAGAUAUGUUUUCUGACAUUUAUUUCCAAUACACCUGUAGACCUAACAAAUCCAAUUCCUUGCCUAACAGGUAUAGACACUCUCGAAGUCGUACUAGAAGGGGGGUACCGCUUUCUAUGUACAGUAGUCCCCAGUUUACUUAUCCCGUGAUACAUUCCCAGUUCUCUCCGAGUCAGAGUAGUUUGUACAGUUCGAGUACCGGUCUGCCAUAUCCUGAAGAAUCACUCUCAGAUGAUUUCCUGUUCCCAAUGUCAUCUUUGCGACUAUCAUACGCUAGUAGUCCUGAAAGUGACUUGGAGCAUAGUCCUGGCCCUCCAGUAUCUUCAAAUUCGCCAACAGCUGGUCGCUUAACAAAAGCCAGUUCUGAUCCAAGUGUCGUAAUGCCUGAUAGCAGCACUACCGAUGUACUACCCCCAUAUCAGCCCAAUUAUGACUCUAGGUAUGGUUUUAACAACAACCAAUCAAUUGACCAAGUUAAUUUGACCAAAGAACCUAACUAUACAUUGUCUAAUCAAGAUAUUCCUGGUAGUUUAGACCAGUAUGGCAAAAGUGGACUUUAUAAUGCCCAAAUGGAUACUAGAAAUGAUUUUGGAAAUGUGCAGCAUAAGAGACAAGUUAGUAGUCUUCAUCAUGGGUCUUAUAAUCAUCCCAAGAGUCAUAGCAUAAAUGAGCAAAGUCCUCGAAGAAGCCCUAAGGACGGAGUUUAUGGGCAAGUGCCCGACUUGCCACCUCGCAUUGAUCGCGCAAUCAAACCAAUUAGUUUAUUAACCACACCAAGCAAAAUACCCAAUGGCCGAUCGGCCCAUGAGAGGCUUUUUGGUACCAAACCUGGGCAACCUAUGGACAAUUCAGAACAAAAUAAUAACGAUAACAAUAAUUUUAGUAACAAGUUGGGUUCUUUAGACCGGAGUCAGAAUUCAAAAUCGGACUCACUUUCGAGUUACGAUUCAUUCAAUAAACAGACGAAUAAUCGAAUAGGACCGAAUGCUCACGACGAUCUUAAGACUACUUUAUCCAAAAUCGAACCAGGCUCCGUCCAGAAUAGUCCAUCCAAAUACAAUUCUGGUCCCCGAUGGGACCAAAACCCUCAGAGACACAAUUCGAAGCUGGAUCUGAAGUAUGGCCUGCCUCAGAAUGAUCACAACGACAACAGUCCUCGAAACUCUCGGGAACUGGAUAAAGAACCGCGACCAAUGGAAAAUAUGAGCCCCAGAGGAUCAGUCGAACGUGAUAUUUAUAGAUACUCGAGGUCCCCAGCAAAGUCCAAAGGUCACGUGGAGACUAAAACAGAUUAUGGAAAGUAUAGUCGGAACAACAGUUCUGCACAGGACUACGCCAGGAGUUCGCAUCAGGAUUUGAGUCAGUCGCAUUUGAGUGUACAUCAAGUGCCUCCCCAUCACCACUCGCCCAUGAAGAGCCCACCGGUGCAUCACAAUGGGUUCGAUAAUGGUGGUCACAUGGGACCUCCGAAUGGUAAUGGUUACAAACCGGUGCCUCCACCAAAACCGAAAAAUUACAAACCGCCAUAUAAAGGCCAACAGGGUUACGGGGACGGAAUGGUGCAACCACCUAUGCCGACAUAUCAACAUGGGAAAAGUCACAGUAAUCCUGUGGAUCAAAGGGCUCAAAACAUGAACUACUAUUACAACAUGCCUCAGAAUAACAGUUGGCACACUGAAACGGCCGUCAGAUUUAAUUCAGAAAUGCACGGACAUUACGACAUGGCUCCUCCAUACGAAACGAGGAGACAUCCAAGUAUAUCAUACGCCUCUAGGAGUGAAAUAACACCUAUUGCUCAACAUGAUAAUCCAUAUGGAAUGGACGGAGGCGAUAUGUUGAUAGAUGCACGGCCUCCAGAACGAAGCAAUAUUGUUGAUUUGCAAGGAUCAAGAGAACAAAGAGGAUCGGCAUUCGAAUUGUACAGGAAACCUGUACAUCAUAAUUUAAGGGUUCAGGAUGAUGGCGCUUUAUUCGGAUCACAGCCUAACAUAAUACAAAAACUAAACACUAACUCGCCUAAAGUAACGCCAAAACUAACCAAAACGCAAUCGUUCAAACACCAACGCUCCGAAGGCGGCGGCCUCAGCGCUGCGAAAAUCUUCCGAAAGUUUUCAUUCAAAUCGAGAAGUAGAGAAGGCACACCCAAGAUGCCGAAAAAAUUAUCAGUGAAACCCAAAGAUGACCGAAUGCGACCGAGCAAACGCGAUAUCACUUCGGCUAUCAUCGACCACCGAGGUGGUACGAUGAUAAACGAGUAUUGGGGCGUUUCGCUGGAAAUACCCGAAAAUGCGAUUCCCCCAGGGGAACAAAAAGAAAUCUAUUUUGUUAUUUCUGAUCCGAGGUUGUGUGAUAACAACGUGCCACCGCUGGAUUUAGAAAACGGUGAGGCAAUGUUGUCACCAAUUGUCAUGUGCGGACCUCAAGGAACUGAGUUUUUGAAGCCUGUGAUCCUCAAUAUUCCGCAUUAUGCGAACACCUUACCCAGUCUUGGUAUCAGUUUGAAAGCUACAGAUUCUGAACAAGAUGUGCACACAGACUGGGACAACAUUUUACUGCCUAGCAAUCACGCUGCCAACAGUGUGGCUGUUAAAGUCGAUCACUUUUAAAUUUAUUAUGUACUCAUUUUUAUCAGCGACAAAUUUGCUCAAGUUUGCCAUUUUUUUACUAUUUCGCUGUCACUUUAAAUGCUCUAUUAUAUUUUUAUUUUAAAUGUAAUUCUUUUAUGUUUUAGACUGAUGUAACUGCAAUGUGUUUAUAAUUUUAUUUGUAAAUAAACGAAAUUUAUUUUAGUACCAAGAA